AUGGACCCCUUGAGCGCGGGCGCCAGCGUCGUCACCUUUCUUGGGCUCGCCUUCUCAGCUACUAAAACUGUUCACAGUGCCCUCUCUACCAUCAAGGACGGGCCGCAAAUCAUUCAGCAUCUCAAUGAAGAAGUCUCGCAACUGAAAAGCGUCUUGGAACGACUGUCGCACAUAUCGAUGAGUGCAACCGAUGCAGCAGAGCUCGACAGCCUGGCCAGGAAAUGCAAUGACGACGUGGUUGGCUUCGAGAAGAGGCUGCGCCGGCUGGACACCUCUGGGGCUGAUGGUCGGAGAGGAAAACUCUGGCGCAAGUUAAAGCUAUUCUUGACGGAAAAGGACCUAGAACAAAUACGAAACGUCGUCCAUGGCCAUACUCAGCUUCUCGCCAUCCGGCUAAAUAUUAUACAAGUUCAGCAAGGCUCUUUUUCGGCGACACAAUCAGCCGAGGUCCUCAGUCUUCUUCAGAAACUUAGGGAUGAUGUGACGGUGAUCCGCCAGGUCAAUUCUUCAGUUGGGAUGGCCGAGGAAGGCUCAAUAUCGCCACGAGUCGUCGAGCUGGAGAAUGAGAAGAUGGAUUCUUGCGCUGACCUGACUCUCGAUGAAAGCAUUGAGCGACUCAUGCGUUUGGUAGAGAGGAAGCCAUGCAUCGUUGACUCUGAAAACGCAGAAGAGCUCGUGCGUGACCUGGAGCACCUUUUACUCUCUGUGAGAAGAGAUGCAACAGCAAUGAAAUCUCCAGAGGCAACUCCCGAUCACCUCGAUGGCGACAACGUUUCAGAAGAAUUGAAUCUCGUCACAAGCCUGAUCUUGUCCGCUCCAUUAAUCAAAGUUAACCAGAGCGUUCCGCUGAGAUUACUCAAGGCCAUGUCACGAGGAACUAUAAUCCACCAAGAACGGAAACGGAAGAUGGUUGACAUUGGUGAAGGAGUUGUGACACUGACUUCCACCAAACGGCGAUGCAGACAUCCGGUACAGCCUGGAGAUCCCACGAGUCACCAGACUAGCGAGGGAAGAGAGUUUGCGGCUAAACUUGUCUUCAAGCCCAGAGCCACAAGCACCAUGCUCACAGUUUCCGUCAACCAAGCACAAGUGACAUAUGAUAGUUUUACGAGCAUUCUUCCACAAAUAACAGUCAACAACAUCCUCCCUCCUGAUUCAUUGGUGUUCAGAGUCGCCGCGAGUGGGACGGUUCAAGAGCUGUUGGCCCUAGUGGCAGAGGGCAAAGCAAGCCUUCACGAUCAUGACACAUACGGCCAGUCAUUAUUGCAUGGUCAACAUGGCACAGGUAUGGCCUUUGAGGAAUCUUCAGUUCAUAAUGAUGUGUUGUUGACCAUGAAACUAAACAGAACGCCAUUGCACGGCACAGAACGUAACCCAGAAUUAUUUCAUGCCUUGUUGGACGCUGGGGCGGAUCCAACCAUUCAGUUAGAUGUGGGUUUCCCCAGUCUUUUUCAGGAGGCCAGUCGUAGAGGAGAUCCGAUAGCUGGUCUUAUGUUACGAGAAAUGUUCAACACUAGCCCCUUUGUUCGUUACGGAGACCAGGCGGACUUGGGCACCAACCCUGUCCUUGACUGUUGCAGAAACCUGUUCAAAUCGCACCACACUGCUUGGAGACAGGGUCAUCUUCAAAGACUGGGCUUUCUCCUUGACCAGGGCUACAGCUUGCAUGCCAAGUGGAAAGAUGGCACGAAUUGUUUAAGCCAGUUCUUCCUGACUUCUGAGAGUCAGGGAUACCUUGAGAGCCGAGGAUACGUGCAAGUUCGCAGAGAGAUCUUGCUGUUCCUGGUGAACCGCGGCGCAGAUGUCUCCUCGACUGACAACAAAGGGAGAUCCGUCUCCUACUAUGCGUAUAACCGAGUCUUCUGCACACCAUGCUCUGAAACAUACCCAGCCUAUCUGGGCGACCUUUGGGACUCUGUGCUGGAUGAGUGCGGGUACAACAUUUUGGAGUUUAGAAGGCUUGCCCCCCGAAAGGCUCGCUACACCAACAUAUACACUCGCCGAGUAUUUGAGCAGCUCUGGCGGGGCAGGGAACGUCGAUGCCCCUAUUGGAAUGACGCGCCUUGGCCAGAGUCGUCAACUGACAAUAUUCCGAGAAUCUGGUAUAUCUUGGACGAAAACGGGAAAAUGUGUGAAAAAUGCCAGGUCUGCUAUGAGCGCCCGGUCGAGGUAUACAGAUCCAAUUGCUGCAAAUGCGGGUUCUGCACCACUGACCUUGGCUGCUUGUGCGCCCAGAGCAUCAACCGUGGACAUCAGUAUUAUUGCACACGCCCACUCCAGCGGGAGAUUAGAUGGGAUGAGAAGGAAGGCAGAUAUUUCUUCCCUAGAGACGAAGGCGAUGGGGUUUGCUCACUUGGCAUGCGCAAUGGUCGAGCUACAAGCCCUCAGGAAGAUCAUCUUUGGGACAACUUGUCACCCGCUUCGUCAAGGCAGCCCGAGUCCACUAUCGAGGGCUCGCAGUUACUGGAGGAACUCUUUGAGAAUCCCUGGGAAAGAGAGUAA